UGAAGCUAGCAUUCACUAACCCGUGAAAACCCAUUCAUCACGACCUGUAGCCUCAUCAAGCUAGCAGUUAGCCUCACGCACUAACCACCGAUACGUGUUGUUAUGAACUCCUCGGUCGGUGGUGACGUCAGUCUUAUAGCCGUUAUCUAGUUAUCCAUAUUAACAGCCCAUGAGUGUUUCUAAAUUGAACCAGACGCUCCUUCCUCCGGGGUUUGGGGAACUAACGUUAGCGCGUGACGUUUUGGGAGAUCCGCGGAGGUCAUACGAGCGGUGCGCUGUCAACAGUAAUGUCCGAGAAAGCGGCCCCUUGUCGCUUUGACAGUCGUCGUUUGUUGAUAUCACAGCACCGAUCAACUUCAAAGUAAAUCAUGCCUGGGAAACUGAAGGCCAAAAUAGUGGCUGGUCGCCACUUGCCGGUGAUGGACCGAGCCAGUGACCUUACGGAUGCUUUUGUAGAGGUUAAGUUUGGAAACACGACUUUCAAAACAGAUGUCUGUCACAAGUCCCUCAAUCCACAAUGGAAUUCAGAAUGGUUCAAAUUUGAGGUUGAUGAUGAGGACUUGCAGGACGAGCCAUUGCAGGUCACAGUUUUGGACCAUGACACGUACAGUGCUAACGAUGCCAUAGGGAAAGUUUAUAUUGACAUUGACCCGCUGCUGUGCAGUGAGGCGGCCUCUGUCAUCUCCGGCUGGUUUCCCAUCUAUGACACGAUCCACGGUAUCCGAGGGGAGAUCAAUGUCCUCGUCAAAGUGGAGCUUUUCAACGAUUUGAACCGCUUCAGACAGUCGUCCUGUGGGGUCAAGUUCUUCUGCACCACAUCCAUUCCACGGUGCUACAGAGCAGUAUUGGUGCACGGGUUUGUGGAGGAACUUGUUGUGAAUGAAGAUCCAGAGUACCAGUGGAUCGACCGCAUAAGAACUCCUCGGGCCUCCAACGAGGCCCGGCAGAGGCUCAUCUCUCUUAUGUCAGGGGAGCUGCAGAGGAAAAUAGGGCUAAAGGUAUUGGAGAUGGGCGGGAAUGCAGUGGUGGGCUACUUGCAGUGUUUUGACCUGGAAGGAGAAUCGGGUCUGGUGGUCAGGGCCAUAGGCACUGCCUGCACACUGGACAAACUCAGCUCUGGGAGUGCCCCCAACACCAACACACAUAUGCACCCGAACACAGCGCCCGCUUCCAAUGCCUGCAAUUCCCCUUCCAAGGAUGGAAAGGAGCCGGUAUUUGGUGAGGACUUGACCUCGUCCUCCGGCCCGCCAACCCCUUUCAGAGCCCUUCCCACCACCUCCUCCUCUCUCCCCCCCUUCUCUCCCUCCAAGCCUUGCAGCCGCCAGUCCUCAUCAUCAGACACAGACCUCAGUUUGACGCCCAAGACGGUGGAGCCAGUGAGACGCAGGCUGGGGAUCUACCUCUGCCCCAGUUCCCCCACCCUCUCCACAGACACACUGUCCCUUCUUGGUUCUGGCCUAGUGGGCUGUGGUAACACCUCUGAUCACAGAGCCACCACCCUGCCCCCUCCCUCCACCAUCCACUCAGACAGUGUCUUGCUGAGAAAGAGCGUGUCCUUCACAGAGGACCUGCUGCUGGCAGCCUCCGGAAUGGGGAGUGGGGGCAGCGUCGGGAAGGAGGCGGGGCCUCUGAAGACCCUUCUCAGACAGCACACGCAGACGGCUCUAGAGCAGAGGGGAGCGACCUCCUCUGGGUUAUUGUUAAACGCCAGGGAGUUCCCCUUCUUCACCUUGACGUCUUUCCCACCUGGUUUUCUGGUUCAUGUCGGCGGGGUGGUCAGUGCUCGCUCCGUCAAACUAUUGGACCGUAUACACAACCCUGCCUUGGGUGGCACACGCUCAUACAAACUGCUAGACUGGAAUAGUGUCACUGCAGAUGAGCCUGAGACUCGCGAUGCUUGGUGGGAGGAAAUUCGCCAGGAGAUCAAAUCUCAUGCCAAAGCUCUCGGUUGCCAUGCUGUUGUUGGGUACAGCGAGAGCACCAGCAUCUGUGAGGAGGUGUGUAUCCUGUCAGCAGCCGGCACAGCAGCCAUCCUCAACCAUCGGUUCAUGCGUGAAGGCUGCCUAGACCUCGGAAUUACAGACCACAGGUUUGAGGAGCCGUCUCCCCCGAGCUGUGGCUUCUGCCACAUUCCGUAUGACGAGCUCAACAUGCCCUUUCCUGCCCAGCUCACCUACUGUUACCUAUGCAGGCGACAAAAGGUUCCCGAUGUACUCUUCACAACAAUCAACCUGCCACCAGAAGCGGCUGUUACGGGGAAGGGCUGCCUUAUCCAGGCCAGACUGUGUCGUCUAAAGAAGAAGGCUCAGGGAGAAGUGAAUGCGACUGCCAUCUCCAACCUGCUGCCAUUCAUGGAGUACGAGCUGCACACUCAGCUGAUGAACAAGCUGAAGCUGCGGAGCAUGAACUCUUUGUUCGGCUUACACAUAGAGAUCAGCGUCGGAGAGAACAUGCUUCUGGGUCUGGCUUCUGCUACAGGAGUGUACCUGACAGCCCUGCCCCCACCAGGGGGCAUCCAGAUUGCAGGGAAGACUCCUGGUGACCUAAGCGCUGAGCACCACAUCCUCACCAUCCAGAAAAGAAUCAAUGACACCAUAGCCAAGAACAAAGAGCUGUAUCAAAUAAACCCACCGAAAUUAUUUGCGCUGGACCCUGAGGUAUUCUGCGGCAUAAACAUGGAGCUGACAGACGAAGUGCUCGGUUCCCCAGUUCCUGACUCGAGGCAGCGAUCCAGGCUUUUCCGCUCACACUCAGAAAGCUCAGAUGAAGUGUCAGAACUGGACCUCUCUCACGGCAAGAAGGAUGCCUUUGUCCUCGAGAUUGAUGACACUGAUGCUGUGGAGGACAUCCACUCCCUCCUAACUGAUGCCCCUACACCCACAGGUUUCUACAGUUGCAACACAGAGAUCAUGCCUGGGAUUUACAACUGGACUUCAGGAUUUCAGAUGUUUACAUCUGUGAGGGUCUUUAGGUUGAGUAAUGCCAAUCUCACUAACCAAGGCUUGAACAAGAUCUUCACUGACCUAUGUGAGAAUCUGUUGAAGAGUUUUUACUUCAAGUUGCGCUCUAUGAUCCCCUGCUGUCUGUGUCAGCUCAACUUCACAGUAGCAGUGCCAGAGGAGGAACUCAUACAGGUCACAGUGACAGCCGUUGCCAUGACGUUUGACAAAGACCAGAGUCAAGAGAAGACGGCAGACAAGCUCCCCGCCAAAGUUUCAGGAGGCAGUGAGACUGAAGAGCAACUGCAGUUUCCAUUGGAGUUAUGCGCAGACCCAUCAUCCACCAACUUUCAGCCAUCAUCUAAAAUCUCAGGUGUCCCAGAGUGUUCCAACUUCUCAUCCAGAGCUGCCUCCGUUGAUUACGGUUCCUUUGCAGACAGAUGCAGCACCUGGCUAGAGCUGCUUAGGCUGAAAGCUCACACCAUAAGACGUGGAUCAGUUAAGACAAGUAGGAGGACACGGUCUCUAGCACACUCUGUCUCCUCUUUGGAGCGCUCCAGUCCGCUGCCUGAGGGCCGUUCCCGCUCACUGCGAUCCAACCGCUCCUUUGGGGGAAUUUCUGUCGCCGUGGUGAAGAUGACGCCGCUCUCAUUCCUCCCCGGGACACGCAUCAUUAAAUACCUCGGGAUCAUCAACAUGUUUUUCAUCAGAGAGACAACAUCUUUACGAGAGGAAGGGGGUGUCAGUGGCUUCCUCCAUACAUUCAUAGCAGAGGUGUUUUCGAUGGUUCGAGCCCAUGUAGCUGCCUUGGGUGGCAAUGCGGUGGUGUCUUAUAGCAUGAAAGAGUGUAUGUUAAUGGAAAAUCCAAACAAGAACCAGGCUCAGUGUCUCAUUAAUGUGAGUGGUGAUGCCGUCAUCUGUGUCAGGGAAACGGACCAAGAGCCCACUCCCUCAACAAGCAUCGGACAGAACUGCGGUAGUGCCACAUACGAGGCUACAUGACAGUGAACCACAGACCUCACGUUGUCUGCAGGAUCUGUCUACACAAUCUGAGUGAAUCUGAGUCUAGCCGUCCAAAAAUGAGUCAUUUAUGCCUGCCUUAAAUCUCUGUAGGUGAUCCACAGAUUUAGACCCACGCAAUAAAAAACAAAUACUUGCAUACACUCUGAAGUAUGCAGUCUGGAUUAAUAUGGUAAUGCAUGUUUCUUUGUGCAGAAGAUACUGAUGUAGCUCCCUUGGGAAUUGGGUAUUCUGGGUAUUUACAAACAUAAGACUUCUGCAUUUAAAUUUUGGAUAUGUAUUUUGGAUAUCCAUCCAUAAUUGGGUCACCCAAAGCUACUGUAUAUUGGUCAUUCAUUUGUUUGUGGACAAAAGAGCGUCAGCUAUGACUAUUUUUUGCAUCUACAGCUACCAGGAGGAGUAAUUACGUGACCAUGCCAAAAGGGAUAUAGUAUGCCAACAGAUCAUUUUAAAGUGGCCACAUGAUGACAAUGCCGAGCAGGGCUAGUAUUUACGUUUCAACAUAGCUGGUGCUCUUCCACAAAAUAGAAAAUCCAUUUGAAUUGAAACAACUCACACUGUGAUACCAAUUUGUUUAUAGUUAUCUAUUUGUUAAUUGGUGUUCAGUUGUAAUGUCUAAAUUUCAUUUUAUGUGGAUUCUGUUGAUGGAUAAUCUUAAUUACUAGUACUAUUACUUAUACUAAGUAUUGCUCAGUCAGUAUCCUACAGGGGAUCAAAUGUCUCCAGAGAGGGUCAAAUAAUGAUCUCAUCUAUAUUAAUAAUAAUGAAAAACAAUUAAAGGGUUACAUGCAUAUGUAUGUAUUUUGUAGGUGAAUAAUUUUCCGUAUUCUCCUUAUUCCAGUGAUUUAUUUUUUUCAAACCAUUAGAAUUUUGUAUUGCUUUGUUAUAAAAUUGCUUAUAUUAUCUAAAGGAUUAGAGGGCAGAUAGUGAUGGGUGUAGCUGGUCAUAUGUGGUCCUUUUGGGGAUUAAAUUAAACCUUCAGCAUUUUUGUUCUAAGGAAACUCUUGCUUCACUUGCAGAUCUAGGCUCUGUUCCUCUUCAUGCGUCAGGCUGUCAGUUUCUGAUGUGACAUACCUUUGUCAAGCAUCGUUACUGUUUCUUUUGCGCUCAUGUUCUGUUAAACAAUCUUGCUACUAAUCUGUACAUCGAGAAAGAACAUCAUUAUGGUGUAAGUGGCACCUGAAAAUAAACUGUAAAUGUUCUCUAAAGUCAGAUUUUAGUAUUUUUGUGGGAAGAAAUGUAUGAAAACUAUAGCAAUGAAUUCCAGAUGAUGCGCUGUCAGAAAAUAAGUGGUACUCUAAUCGGUUUGUCUGAUCAGCUGCGUGUGACCAGUGUCAUAUAUUGUGUCUAAAACUUGAAUGUACAUACUUGUAUGCUUUUGCUAUGACUAGCUGCAUGGAGACCCACUUUUUAUUGUCGUGAAUCUGUAUGUUCAUCUGUUCAGUCAUGCACAAUAAACUCAAUAAACUUUGAACAUAA